UUUCGAAUUUGCAUUCCCAUCCACAAUGGUCAUCAUAUCCGGUAAUAAGCCAAAACCCAUGUCUCAAAUACUCCGAGAUUCAGUUUUGAUCAACCACCCCGAAGCCGUAAGAUUCUUGAUUGCCGCCUUAAUUGGCGGCUCUCUUCUGGGCUUGGCGGGGCUGACCUUGACCGGAACAAUGAUAGCCCUCUUCAUAGCCACUCCCAUUUUGGUCUUGUUUAGCCCAAUUAUCGUCCCGUCUAUAGUUGCGCUCUCCUUGGUCACCACCGGAUUCAUGUUCUCCGGUGGCUGUCUUGCUGCCACACUGGCGGCGGUUGCGUGGACAUACCACUACUUCACCGGGAAACACCUGACGGUGGCGGAGCAGCUGCAUUGUUUGAAAGUGAAGAUUGGUGGCAGGGCUAGAGAUGUGAAGGAGAGGGUAGUAGACAAUGGAUCACAAAAGAGUCAACUUGUCCAAGAAAAAUAAAUUAAUGAGGAUCUUGAAUAAAAUAUUAAAAUGCAUUUCGAUAUAAUUGAUGUAAUGGUGUCCUACCGCUAUUGGUUGUAUAAAAUUAGCAUAUAUUUACUACAACCAAAUAAUAAAAAUUAGUCUUUCGUGUUA